CUCUGUCCCAAUCGAGUUAAAAUCAUCUCCUACCCUAAGUAUAUUCAAAACAUGACUCAAGACUCAUCUAUUUCUCCACUACAAGUAACUUUUAAUCAAUGAUACAGUUUUUACUUGAGCUCAGGAAGCGGUUUGAGCAUAUCCCAGUCACAUGGUAAGGUGCUAUAUAAAUGUCCUAUCAUGAUUUUAUUACAGAUUUAGAUGAAAAAAUGCAGCAGAGAGGGUUCGUUAUUAUUAACUUCAUCUCUUGAUGACUCGUUUCAGGCUGCAGAAGCCCUUGCUGCAAGAGUCUCCCCAUGCUUGAUGAGGAACUGCCAUGUGGCUGCGUAUCGACAGUAUGUGACACAGAGGCUGAUGUCCGCUGUGGUGCUGGCUGUUGAUGAGCAAGCAGAAACUGUGAUGUCAAUGGAAUUUGCCAAGGAAGAGAUCCAAGUAACUGAUGUAUCUGGCAGUGAAUCAAGACCUGAUGUGUCAAACCGUAAUCUGACACCUGGUGUUUCAGGCAGUGAACUGACACCUGAUGUGUCAGGCUGUAGGCCGACACCUAUGGAAUGUGAAAUAAAUGAAACUGAAAAUGUAACAUUUUCAGAGGAAACAACAUGUGCUAUAUUAUCCAAGGAGGAGAGUGCAGGUUCUUCCAUGGCUGAACUAGAUCAUGUUCAUUCAGAUGCCACUGCCCUUGGCCAUGUAGAGACAACUAGAGACAGAAACUUCAGUGUUAGAAGUAGUAUCCCAUGUGAAUGUAAUGGAUCUCAGGAAGAUAUGAAGAUUGAAGUUGCAAAAGAUUCUGUACAGGAUCAGUCAGGACCGAUGGAAUCAGAGUCUUGUGUAAACACUCUUGAUCAUGUUUCAACACGGUCACAGUGUGAGGCUUUAUUUGAAAACCAGAAGCCAAACUUUACAGCUCUGAUGCUACUUUGUUUGGACAGAGGAAAACUGAUGAUGUCAAACUUGGAUGAUGCAGCAGAAGAGUGGCACAUGAGGUGGUCCUGUCAGUUGACCAGAAUGGACGAAAUGAGUAAAGGGCAGUUUAGCCAGUGCUUACAUGGCCUGACUGGGUCAUUACUCACAUCACAGGAUACAGUAGUACAGUUCAGGUAUAAAGAUACACAAUCUCAUGUAGAAGCAAUCAUCAAGGCUGCUGCUGUUGAAUAUAUCUGUGAACUAGAUCCUUUGUUUAUAUACAGACACGUGAAGGUGCCCUGGACUUCCUUGAAGAAUGACCCAGGAUUUACCAUUUACUUGGAUAAGAGCAGACAGAAGGACUUGGCAUUACACUUUAAAACAGAGAUAGAAAAACACAACUUUGCUUUUACCUUGACUCAUCAAGCUUGUGGAAAGCACACUUUUGCUUCAACAUUAGUACGAUCCAUUGGAAUGGGUACCUCAGUACACAGAAAUAUAAGAGAACUUUUUAAAACAUGUGAUACAACUCAUCGUGGUACCUUCCUGAACUGGAUAUGUUUUGGAAGAAAUGCUGAAUUAUACAAAGUGCUUUCAAGUUACAUGACUGAAGAGGAGAGGAAAGAAUGUGUCAUACCGUGUUGUGUGAGUGGCAAUUCAGAAAUACUGCAACUACUUCUAGAAGAUAUGGAACUGGAUGUAAUUCUAUCCUUGUCACCCAGCUUACAAGUAGUCUAUGGCAUUGACAUUUGUAAGGGACAAACUGAAUGUCUCCAAACUCAUCAUCUUCCCCCACUACAUCUCGCCUCCUAUUACGGACAUGCAGACAUCGUUCAGCUGCUGCUUCAGUAUGGAUGUGAUGUAAAUGCCCAGCUGCAGCCCCAGUUAGGUGAAGCAGGACAUAUCGCCGCCAGAUCAACACCAGCUGCUGUAGCAGCACAUGGAGGACAUACAGAAGUAUUAAAGUGUCUGAUGGAAAGCAAGGCUGAUCUCAGUCUGGUCGACUGCAACUUUAACACUCCCCUCCACUUAGCUUGUGAAGCCGGCCAUAAAAGGAGUGUUUUGAUACUAGCAAGUAUGUGUAAGAUCUCUCCCAGGAAUAAAGAUGGAAACACACCUGUUCAUCUAGCCUGCCAAGAGGGAAGAAUAGAUGUUGUUGAUAUUCUACUUAAAAGAAAUGCUGAUCUCACCAUACUAAACUUUGACAACUGUUCACCAUUACAUGUUGUAUGUAGUAAAGGUUAUUCCAAUGUUUUACAGCUAUUGCUGGAUAGAACAGCAUAUCCAUUGCCAGUUGAUGGCUCCCAAACUCCCUUGCAUGUGGCAUGUCAGAAUGGACACUCAGAGAUUGUGAGGACACUUUUACAACACGGCGCUGGCAGGUCCGUUUCAGCUGGUAAAACCACACCCCUUGGAAUAGCUGUGAGAGAAAGACAUACUGGUGGUGUUAAACUGUUGAUAGAGAAAGGGGCUGAUGUAUCUGGUGGUGGUUGUGGUCACACACCUCUGUCAUGGGCCUGUAAGAAUGGUCAUAUUGAUAUAGUCAAACUGUUGAUAGAGAAAGGGGCUGAUGUAUCUGGUGAUGGUUAUGGUUACACACCUCUGUCAUGGGCCUGUAAGAAUGGUCAUAUUGAUAUAGUCAAACUGUUGAUAGAGAAAGGGGCUGAUGUAUCUGGUGGUGGUUGUGGUCACACACCUCUGUCAUGGGCCUGUAAGAAUGGUCAUAUUGAUAUAGUCAAACUGUUGAUAGAGAAAGGGGCUGAUAUAUCUGCUGCUCAUGAUGGUGACACACCUCUGUCAUGUGCCUGUGAGAAUGGUCAUAUUGAUAUAGUCAAGCUGUUGAUAGAGAAAGGGGCUCAUGUAUCUGGUGAUGAUGGCUAUAGUGACACACCUCUGUCAUGUGCCUAUAAGAAUGGUCAUAUUGAUAUAGUCAAGCUGUUGAUAGAGAAAGGGGCUGAUAUAUCUGGUGAUGAUGGCUAUAGUGACACACCUCUGUCAUGGGCCUGUAAGAAUAGUCAUAUUGAUAUAGUCAAGCUGUUGAUAGAGAAAGGGGCUGAUAUAUCUGGUGAUGAUGGUUAUAGUGACACACCUCUGUCAUGGGCCUGUAAGAAUGAUCAUAUUGAUAUAGUCAAGCUGUUGAUAGAGAAAGGGGCUGAUAUAUCUGAUGCUGCUGCUGAUGGUGACACACCUCUGUCAUGGGCCUGUAUGAAUGGUCAUAUUGAUAUAGUCAAACUGUUGAUAGAGAAAGGGGCUGAUAUAUCUGGUGAUGAUGGCUAUAGUGACACACCUCUGUCAUGUGCCUGUGAGAAUGGUCAUAUUGAUAUAGUCAAGCUGUUGAUAGAGAAAGGGGCUGAUAUAUCUGGUGGUGGUCGUUAUGGUUACACACCUCUGUCAUGGGCCUGUAAGAAUGGUCAUAUUGAUAAAGUCGAACUGUUGAUAGAGAAAGGGGCUGAUGUAUCUGGUGGUGGUCGUUAUGGUUACACACCUCUGUCAUGGGCCUGUGAAAAUGGUCAUAUUGAUAUAGUCAAACUGUUGAUAGAGAAAGGGGCUGAUGUAUCUGCUGCUGAUGGUGACAUACCUCUGUUAAGGGCCUGUGAGAAUGGUCAUAUUGAUAUAGUCAAGCUGUUGAUAGAGAAAGGGGCUGAUGUAUCUGGUGAUGGUUGCUGUGGUGAGAUACUUCUGUUAGGCGCCUGUAAGAAUGGUCAUAUUGAUAUAGUCAAGCUGUUGAUAGAGAAAGGGGCUGAUGUAUCUGGUGAUGAUGGCUAUAGUGACACACCUCUGUCAUGUGCCUGUGAGAAUGGUCAUAUUGAUAUAGUCAAGCUGUUGAUAGAGAAAGGGGCUGAUAUAUCUGGUGAUGAUGGUUAUAGUGACACACCUCUGUCAUGUGCCUGUGAGAAUGGUCAUAUUGAUAUAGUCAAGCUGUUGAUAGAGAAAGGGGCUGAUAUAUCUGAUGCUGCUGCUGAUGGUGACACACCUCUGUCAUGUGCCUGUGAGAAUGGUCAUAUUGAUAUAGUCAAGCUGUUGAUAGAGAAAGGGGCUGAUAUAUCUGAUGCUGCUCAUGAUGGUGACACACCUCUGUCAUGUGCCUGUGAGAAUGGUCAUAUUGAUAUAGUCAAGCUGUUGAUAGAGAAAGGGGCUGAUAUAUCUGAUGCUGCUGCUGAUGGUGACACACCUCUGUCAUGGGCCUGUAUGAAUGGUCAUAUUGAUAUAGUCAAACUGUUGAUAGAGAAAGGGGCUGAUAUAUCUGGUGAUGAUGGCUAUAGUGACACACCUCUGUAUGGGCCCUGUAAGAAUGGUCAUAUUGAUAUAGUCAAGCUGUUGAUAGAGAAAGGGGCUGAUGUAUCUGCUGCUGGUGGCUAUUGUUACACACCUCUGUCAUGUGCCUGUGAAAAUGGUCAUAUUGAUAUAAUCAAGCUGUUGAUAGAGAAAGGGGCUGAUGUAUCUGCUGGUGAUGGUUAUGGUUACACACCUCUGUCAUGUGCCUGUAGGAAUGGUCAUAUUGAUACAGUCAAACUGUUGAUAGAGAAAGGGGCUGAUGUAUUUGCUGCUGAUGGUGCCGGUGACUCACCUGUUGUCAGACUUUUAGGUAAUUUGAACAUAUCGGCAGGUUGGUUUGCCAAAGAAGAAAGAGAAGUUGUCUCUUUGUUGCUGAAAGAAGUGUUACCUAAACAUGUAACAUCUUUGUCCGACUGUUUUCACAGAUCAUUGAUUGAUUGGGUCUUUACUUCUGAAAGUCAAGAUAUAGUAAAACAUGUUUGUGAUAGAUCUGAUAAGAAAUCUUUCUCAGGCAGGCUAUGUCAGUCUUUACUGAGGAAAGCUAUUGUGAAGGGUGAUGCAUAUGGCGUUUGGUUGCUCACAGAAUAUGCCACGCCAAUGGUCUCCAAUGAUCUUCUCUUGAGUCUCAUGUCAGUAGCUAUAGGGAAGCGUCACAUUGCAGUUUUUCAAAUGCUGCACUGCAUCCCGCAUGUUCAUGAUUCCAGUGACACAUUAGUUCAGAAAGCAUGUCGUUAUGGAUUGGUACAAGUCUGUAAUGUCCUGCUAAGAUGUGGAUCGAAUCACUCUGGAGUAUGUUUCACCAAAGCACUCAAAGUGAAAAAUGUUGUUCUUGCCGAGCUGCUACUUAGCCAUGGUGUGGAUGUCAAUGCACGUGAUGAUGAUAACAACACUUCACUGCACUUAGCAUGUGAAGUAGGGGAAUGCAGUUUAGCGGAGGUCAUUGCCAAAAGCAUUGGUGUGUCACAAACGAACAAACGAUCGGAAACACCUUUGUUUGUUGCAUGUCGUUACGGAUAUGUCAAUGUUGCCAAACUGUUGUUAAGCUUAGGUGCAGACAUAACAACAAAGGAUGUCAAUGGAAAUACAGUUCUGCACUCUGUGUGUCAGUCUGGACAAGAGAAAUUACUUCAGCUGUUUCUUCAUUAUAUUUGGGUGGAAACAGACAAUGGAUAUCAUGAUCAAGCACAGGAACACUUUUGCAAUCGUAGGUAUGCUGGUGAUGUUCUUCAUCUUCUUAACAAUGAUGACGAAACACCCCUUCAUGCUGCAUGUAGAAAUAAACGUGCAAAAGUUGUUAAAUUACUGCUUCAGUACAAGGCUUCUGUAUUCAUGACUGAUAAAAACGGACACACACCUCUCUAUCAUGCAAUGAAACUAAAAACAUUAUUCAGUGUUCUUUGUUCAGCGACAUGGGACAUAAAUGGGAUGGAUUCUGACGGGAAUACCAUUCUGCAUAUGGCAUGCAUGAAAGGCUGUUUGGAAAGUGUUGAUGUACUUUGUAGCAGAGGAGCAAGUGUGGUGGUUUGCAACAAGAAUCACGAAUAUGCACUUCAUAAGUCAGCAGAGAAUGGAAAUGCAGAAAUUAUGAACAUUCUUUUAGCUCACCAAGCUGAUGUAAAUGUGACUGACGGGACAAAGCAGACCCCACUACAUAUUGCAUGUGCUGAGGGCCAUUUGAAAAUAGUUGAAGUCUUGAUUAAAAGUGAAGUCAAUGUAAAUGUGCCUGAUAAACAUUUACUCGUUCCACUGCAUCUCGCAUGUAGAGACGGACACAGAGAUAUUGCUGAUGCUUUGAUGAAGUCAUCAGCGGACAUUGAACCAUUUUCUGGGAAACGAUACACACCGCUAAUCUAUGCUUGUGAAGCCGGGCAUAUUGAUUGUGUUGCACUCUUGGUGGAGAAUGGUGCUUGUGUCAACAUUGCAGGAUUUCGGGGCAAUACUCCUUUACACCGAGCAUCUGUUGGGGGUCAUGUGAAUGUUGUGAAGUUGUUGCUUUCUUGUGGAGCUGACCCAAUACGGGAAAAUGACAAUGGAAAGCUUCCAUUACACCAUGCAGUUCUGUGGGGCCACCUUGCUAUUGUUAACAUGCUAUUAGACAAAACAAGAUUGUUCCUUCAUGAAAUGGAAAACGUCAUGUCAUUGCUUGAACGGGCGUGUUCAAGAGGACAUGCUGAGAUAGUGAAGAGGUUGAUCGAUUUCAUUCCAGGCGGUUCUAUGUCAUCCCUUCCCAUGACUUCUCUUGUCGCAAGUGUCAUCCGCGCAACCACAUUAAACUUUUACCUGUACUUUCGGAUACAGGGCUGGACAUCAAACUGCAAGAUGAAUUUGGAAGGAAUGCACUGCAAAUGUUAUGUGAAAUGGAAGGCUGUGAAAUAGACACGUUAGAG